AUGCAGGCAGUCUACGACUGGGUGGUGGAUUGGUUGAAGAGCCUGCAGCAUUGCGAGUUUGCAGCCGUGCAACACCCGGGUGAUGUUGUCGCUGAACAGGCUUUGCGAUGCCACGAAUGCUUGAAGCAUGUUGCUGAUGCCAGCAAGCAGAGCAGGGAUGAGUCCCAGCACGCCCAAAAGAGGCUUUCGCAGGCCAAUGAUGCUGUGCAGAAGGCACUGGCUUCGGUGCUGCAGACAGCUGCUGCAGGCAGUGGAGGCCCGAAACCUCCCCCGCUUGUGGCUGAGAAGAUGGCUGUGUGGCUAAAGAGCAUCAAGGAUGAGUGUGGAAACUCGCAGAAGGCAGCCGACAAUAAGCUCCAUUUGGCUAUGAAGAACCUGGAGUCUGCGGUGAACGAUGUGAUUUCCAGCUGUUACAAGAUCUACCUGCAGGACAAGCCGAAGACCGAUGAGGAGAUGAUUCAGGAGAUGAUGAGGCAGGUGGAGAUGCACAUGGAGUCCUUACAGAUCACUGGUUCGGGUGAGAGUGGUGGGACAGGAGGCCUCAUGGAUAUGCAGACCGAGGAGCCUGCCCCGAAGCUGGACGAUCUCGGGCCAGCAUCUACGGCCAAGAUCACGGACCUGCAGCUUGAGCUUGCCCGCACAGGGCUUCAGAGGUUGGACAGCAGCCAAUUGGAAUGCAAGUUGAAGGAGAUGGCUGACUGUGGCCUGCUGCUCGAGCUGUCGAACGGGGUCUACGAAACCCCGGAUGAAAGGGACCGCCGGCUGGCCCAUAACCAGCGCAUGCGCUUCAAUCGAAGCUUCGACAGUGAGGAUUGGGGUGAAAGCACCAUUGUGUACAACGCGACACUGACAAAAAAGCAAAAGCGACGUGGAAAACACGUCAUGAAAACGUUCCGGGAGCUGAAGGUCCAGUACGGCACUGCUACAGCCAAAGCUAUCAGAGAUAGGAAAAAGGAGCUGGGCAGCUCGUUUUGGCACGUGCACCCGGAAGACUGGGAAUGCUUCAAGGUUUGGGACUCGAUGGAGUUUGAGAGCGAGGAGGAGGACAAGCAUCAGACCUCCUUCCAUGCCCAAGCAGCUGUGGAUCCCGAGGGCACAAAGGCACUGAUGUCGCAUAUGACCCAGCCGGGUGCUUUGGGAAACACGCGGUAUCGUGUUGGCAAUGCAGGUGGGCAAGGUACGGAGCAGAAACCGCCAAAAGGCAGAGGCAAAGCACCCAACCUCCGCAAGCAGGCCACCUCCAAACUCAGUCAGAUCUCAAGCAAGCUGACAGAGUCCCGGGUUUUGGGCAAUGAGAUCCCCGGUGCUGCUGCCAUGUCGGAGAAGAUGAAGGAGGGCUAUCAGAGUGAGCUCGGUGAGGCGGUGGCUGGGGUCGAGAAGGCUCGCUCGAGUUUGGAGGCUUGGUAUGCCCGCAAGGUGGAGGAGGCAAACAUCGUUGGGAGCGAAAGGGCCAUCUAUGAUGAUACUUUGCGUGCUGUUGAUGCGGCGCUGACAGUCUUGGCUGGCAAGGUCAAAGCCAUUAAGACAGCCCUCGUGGUGAACAAGGAGUUUCAGUCGUAUGGGCUGGAAUUGGAAGGUGCAGCAGGGCAACUCCUCAAGACUUCGGGGAAGUGGAAGUCCAACUUCCAGCGAGACAUGCUUCGGCAGAAUGCAACAUCCAAGAUCCCUGUGACGAAGCUGCCUGUCCCUGUGAUGCACAACGAUGUGGUGACCAAAAAGCAGCUCCCGGUUCUGUUGCCUCAUGAACUCCUUCCCUGGCUGGUAAAACAUGGAGCUCUUCCGGUGGAUGAGACGGCAAGUGCUGCUGUGUCUCAGUUCUGGGCUCAUGCUCGUGAUGUUGGAAUGCCGCUAAACGGUGCAACAGACGAUCACAUCCCUCUCUACCUUUGGGGUGAUGAUGCUCAGUUUACGGAGAACCAGGACAAGCUGGUGGCUGUGGCCAUGGGCCGAGUCUUGGAAACAUGCAAAGAUGCAAGGCUCACAGUUUGGCCGCUUUUCGUUUUCCAGCAGGGAUACAGUGUCGGCAUGGGGACCCUGAAUGCCUUCAUGGAGGAGGUAGUGAAAUCCCUGAAUAUCCUCUUCGAGCAUGGUGUUAUGGUCGAGACUCCGUCUGGGGAGAAGAAGCGGGUGUAUGCUGCUGUGAUCCAGUACCAAGGAGAUUGGAAGUGGCAGAAGGACAGGUUGUAG